AUGACACAGUCCUGGCUCGCGGAAUGUCAUUGCGUGCGGCAUGCAGAAGAAUUGCACUGUUCGCCCAAAGGCUGUGGUGGAGCUCAGCCAAAUGACGUGGGAAAUGCCGGCAUUGACGAAGUCAUAAGUGUAGACAGCAGCGUGAAGAUGGGUCAAAUACUCUCCGAGAAUGCCAACUUGGGCCUUGCUCAAAUGUCGCCACAGAGGCUGCUACGUGUCAGCACAGGAACCCUGGAACACAAGAUGUCUGACAUUGUUGCUUCCGGACACCUGGGGCACUUUGAGAUCGACAGCUCCCUUCUCCGUGGCGUAUCCGUGUGCUCGACACUACAAGGUCUUGGCUGGGUCUGGCGGCUGUGCCAGAGAAACGUGACGGACGAGACUUGGUCGAAGCUUGAGCGGAAGUCCCGGCCGGUGAGGGAAUAUGAUCUCUUCAUCUCCCACACGUGGAGGACAUCAGGAAACGAGAAGCUUCUCUCACUUCUGCUCAGCACAGGUUGGUCCUUGUCCUUGCUACUCUGGACAGUGGUGUUGGUCAUCGCUGUGUGCAUCCAGCUGUGGACAGAUAUUCUGCCGGCACCCUUCUCACACGAGGUGCAGGUCAUGAACUUUUCCUCUCGUUGCCCACUCUCGCCAUGGGCCACAGCGUCAGGAAUGCUCACACUGGUCCUCUCGUCGAUCGCCAUUCCUUAUGCUCCGACCGCCAAGGGAGCAAGGAUUUGCUUUUUGGAUGUGGCGUGCAUCCACCAAAGAGAUCCCGAGCUUAAGGAGCGCGGCAUCUACAGCAUAGGAGGAUUUCUCAAGAAAGCGAAGGAGCUGCACGUGCUGUGGACGCCUUCAUACCUUCAUCGAUUGUGGUGUGUGUUCGAGCUGGCUGCGUAUCGCGUGGCGAAUCCCACUGGAAAGAUCACUUUAAGUCCAGUUUUCAUGGAGCAGUCCAUUCUGCUUUGCGCAGUGGUGCUCUGGUGUUCGGCCUGGUGCUACUUGACCGCCAUGGCCUCCGGCCUGAGCUUUCUAGGCAUCUUCAAGAGCGAGCUGCUGCCACUGGGUAUCUCGACCCUGCCCCUCGGCAUUCUGAUCCACAGGCUCCGGCGACUUUUUCACGCCAAGAGGCAGAUGUUUGAGGAGCUCCAGCACUUCGAACUGGGCUCGGCCGAGUGCACAGAGGUCUUCGACUAUCUCUUUGUGCACUCGGCGAUAAACACUUGGUACGGCAGCGAUGGGGAAUUCGAGAGGUUUGUUCAGGGGCCACUCUUCCAGGAGCUUUCCGGGCGCUUCUCGACAACCGGUGACGUGCCUUUCGCCUAUUGCCUGAUUCUUGCCACUGCGCCCAUCAGCGUAACCAUCGACGAAACUAUUUCCCUGUGGUUGGGUGGAGCGCCUGUGCCUGUAGUCCUGUCCUCAUUGAUUGGACACGUCUACGGCCUUUGCUUGUGCUGGUUCUUGGUUUGCAUCCGCCUACUUUACCAUCUCUGUGACCGUUUUGCUAUAGGGCCAGGUGGAAGCACCCAGCAGUACUUGCAAACCGUUCUGAUCUACUUUUCCUUCUGCGCAUGCUACCUUGCCGGCAGCUUCGUUGGGGAAGUGGCGUACAGGCACAGCUUGGAGGCGGCUUUUGUCCAUGCAGGAUGCUGCUCCGUGGCAGCCGUAGUGGCAUUCAGGUGGCCGUGGUUGCUGCGAGUAAUUUUCGCGAGGCUCCAGCGGAGUCCAGAAUCGUAG